AUGGGGGACAUCACGGUUGCGGUGGGCUCGCUGGCCGUAGAGCGAAUGCCGGCACCCUCGGCGAGAACUAUCCCGGUCAAGCCCAUUCUCGACGCCUUAACAGACAGAAGAACCAACGCAAAACAACAGUCGUGCGGGGUCCGCGGGCAAUGCCCGCCCGUUAUCGCUGAACUUCAGCGUCGAGUGAUGAUACGUGGAGUACGCGGCCAGUGCUUAGCAGGUGCAUUCGGCGUUGUCUUCCCUCGACACAGAUCUGUAGCCCCUACAGAUCGUGCUCAAGCGAUUGAGAAGGGUCCUCGCCGUGCCACAGUGGCCCAUCGUCCACGGUCGGAGGCCUCACCCGCGUCAUCACGAGGAGUGCCCUGCUAA